CUCGGAUGUUCACGCAGUUUCUAGUUGCAUUAAAGGUUCUUUACUGUGCAGUACAGCUGAGUUGUGACUUUCAAAGAAAUAUUUUAUCGUUCCGGGUAUUCUACAGGUAUUUUUGCUUGAAGAGUAAUUCCCCGUGCGGUUCCCCGAAAAGGACGAUCCUCGAAUCGCCCAAAACAAAGUCUUUUGCAAAAUGAAGGUCGGACGUCAUUACAUUUUCUGUGAAGGCGCAGCUGACUUUGAGCUUCCAUGGCUGGCUUACACUGCGCAGCGAGGUCUCGAAGUGACCAAUGUGCAGCUUUGUGACCUCAGUUACCGGUACGGCAGCGGCGACUUCCCAAACCUGGAGUCUUUCUGCCGCAGACUUGCAACGUGUGUCAACCUGUGUCUGGGCUGCGCCGCUGGCCUCAGCCCGACCACCUGGCCCCAGUUUCAGGGAUUAGUGGGCCCUUUUCCUGAGGUUCAGCGUGUGAAAUGCAGCCUCCAAACGCCUUUCGAUGGGCCCGCGUACAUCCUGGCGGAGGGGACGGACCAGGCAGUCUACUGGCAGAAGAUUCAAGAGCAAUACACCCAAGGCAACAUCGGCCAGAAGUUGCAAGAGUCGAGUUCCUACACCCACUACAUGCCCUCCAUGAUGCUCCUCUUCGGCCAAGACUUCCGGGAAGUUGUAGAAGUGAAGACGACGACGACUUUCAGAGAUCUGACGAGGGAAGAGGACUGCUACGCCGUCUGCGUGAACGCUGCCUGCCACCGGUCGCUCCUCCUGCCCGGCCAAAGCAACCCCGCCAUCAGGAUGCUCACAACCCUCUGCCAAGGUCUGUGAGGCUGGCGGGAAUCUGCAGUUCGAAGGACCGAAUCUCACCUUGGUGAUGGCGAGAAGAGGGGUUACGUUUUAUAAAGUGCAUCUGAAAAUGAUUUCAAAUAUUUAGCGAUUUGCUUGUUAAUGAAAAU